AUUCCACAUCAACCCUCCACAAUGUCGCAUCACGCCCAAAUCGAGGAAGUCUCCGACUCCGACCCAGAAGAGAUCGCCCCCUCUUACGACUCUGACGAGGACCUCCCCAGCAAUGCCAUCAUCUCACCCGUAAAUAUCCCGACCAAGGCUGCACCUCAACCCCAACAACAACAGAUGCCCAUGCCAUCGAUGCCAGCGCCUGAGCCUCAGCGCGAGAUUCCCCGACACUUCUCAUGCUUGUACCCCGUGUACUUCGACAAGACUCGAUCGCGCGCCGAGGGCCGCAAAGUCAGUGCGGAGCUCGCAGUGGAAAACCCUCUUGCGCGAGAUAUCGUCGAUGCCGUCCAGAUGCUUGGCUUGAAUGCGGGCUUGGAGCCUGAGAAGCUGCAUCCCAAGGAUUGGGCGAAUCCCGGUCGUGUGCGUGUGCAGGUUAAGAACGAGGAUGGUCAAUUAGCCAACCCGAAGAUCAAGAACAAGCACCACCUCUAUAUUCUCGUCGCACAGUACUUGAAGGCUAAUCCUACCACCGAAAAAUCACCCUACCGGCUACGAAUCCGUGGCCUGCCCAUGCCUGAGAAGCUUCCAGCAGCUCCUGCUGCGCCGCGGGGUUGGAAGAUCGGGAAGAUCCUACCUAUCCAUUCGCCUGCCUACAGCGGUGGUGGUGUCAGUGACAACCCCCUCAAGGACGCAAUGGCCGAGAUGCAGGGUAUGCAGGGUAUGGAGGGAAUGCCUAACAUGUCGGAAAUGAUGAGUCAAAUGGGUGGAAUGGGCGGACUGAGCAAUAUGUUGGGCGGACUAGGUGGAAUGGGUGGAAUGGGCGGCGAGCCCUCAGGGGCAGGUCCGGAAAAGAAAAAGAAGGAAAAGAAGAAGGUGAUCAGGGCAUGAUUUAGCAUGUCCUUUAUUCCGUGUUCCACUUGCAUUGUAUGGCGAUGGGCGUUGCUUUUUUCUCCCUAAUUUUUGAUGCACUCGAGAGAGGAAUACUUCUUGAUACCACAGAUCUGCAUCUGAAUUGAUCUCAUUGUACAUCCACCUCAAA